AUGGAACUUCAGUGUGUCAGCACGACGAUUUUCGUGUUUCUGCUGCUGCCAAUAGCAGUUACAUCAAGUGCAGAAACUUCGGAUAAUAAUGGAUGUUGUGGUGGAGUCCCAGGCGUGCCUGGCUCUCCUGGAUCACCAGGUUCUUUGGGAUCUCCUGGAAGAGAUGGUAGAGAUGGAAGAGAUGGAACGAAAGGUGAGAAAGGUGAUCGUGGUGAAGCGGGAGCUCGAGGACUAAAAGGUGGAAGUGGCAAAAUUGGUCCACAAGGACCAAACGGAGCUAUGGGAAUACAAGGCAGUAAAGGAGAUUUGGGAGGGAAAGGAGACAAGGGAGAAGCGACUCAGCAACUAAACUGGAAGCAAUGUGUGUGGAAGAGGGAUGAUGGCAAAGAUGCUGGACUUAUUCAGGAAUGUCGCUUUAAGAAGGAGCACGGACACACUGCACUGUACGUGGCCUAUGCGGGAAGUUUGCGUAUUAUUGGUUCCCAUCGUUGUUCUCGUUGGCAUUUUACAUUUAAUGAUCGAGAGUGCACUGGACCGAUGACAAUUGACGCAGUUGAUUUUACUAGUAGAAGUAAUGACAUUCAUCGUCACAGACAAGUUGAGGGUUACUGCGAAAACAUUCCAGCAGGUGACGUCAGAGUUGGUUUCCAUAUUGGAAAGUGUGUAGGUUACACAUUGGCAGAUGGCUACACUGGAUGGAACUCCGUAUCUCGAAUAAUAAUAGCAGAGAUGUCACCAGCUCAACAGUAACUUUGACGCCUCAAUUAAACGGACUUAUUUUUUUGUAAAACAUGUCUUAGUGUUCGCAUGAAUUAGUUUCUAGAGGUGCAGUUUAGUGCAGUCUGUGAGAGAGCAUCCUCUUCUUCGCAUGCUGUAGUUUAGCAUUACCACUCUUGUAUGUAUCAUGCGAAUAACAUUACCAAGUAUACUCUUCUAUAUAUGCUCGUAAAGGAGUGCUGUUAC